CCUAGAGUAGCGUAGUUGGCAGCGGCAACCGCCGUCUUGGCUCACCACCCAAAUCUUCACGCUCCAUCCCACCAGACCAGACCUCAGCACCUCAGCACCUCAGCACUGCUCUGCACCACCACCACCACCACAAACCCACCACCCCCCAACCCACGCUACAAAAAUGGCGCCCAAGCCUCCCACGGCCUCUGCCUCGCAGCCCAAGAAAGCGCCCAAAGCCUCCCGGGCUGCAAAGUCGAAAGGCGGGAUCCGCAGCACGCACACCGCGCUGGGGAUAGCGAAGAAGCCGUUGCGCAACGACAAGCGCACGCCGAAGCGGCGGGCGGCGGACAUGGCGCGGCUCGAGAAGACGCUGCCGACGUUGAACACGGUCGUGCCCGCUGCCGCGUCGGGAAAGAUCAAGGGCGGACGUGGAAAGAUCGGAAAGGUCUUCGUCGACGAUCAUGAUGCUGAUAAGCUGCACCGCUUCGUCGAGCAGGCCGCCGGGAAACAUGAUGUCGGCGUCGAGAGUAAAUUGGAGAGAGCGAGGAAAGUCGAGGCCAUAAGGGAGGCCCGGAGACGCGAGGACGAGAAGCGUGACGAGCAGCGACGUGAGAAGUUCGACGAGACGAAAGACAAAGUCCGGCGGAAACGGAAGUCGGGUAAACCGGAGCCGUCGGCGUUCGGCGAGGAGCCGCUCGGAAAGGGUGGCAAGCCCAAGAAGAAGGUGGGCUUUGCGUGAGCGUGGGCGUGAGCGGUGGGCCGUACUGUGUAUACCAGGUCAUGUCGAAAAGUUGUGCUUUUGUUUUUCUUCGUCUACAGGUUUACAUGCGAUAUUCAUUUUGGCGUUGGGUAAUGGUAGUUCUAUCUAUAGUAUUGUACAAAACAAAAGGAACAGAUCUACGUUGACGACUGACUAUUCUCUGGUAUCUCCCCGUGGCUAAUCUGAGAGGAUGAAAAUGCAGAAAAACUCCUAGUGAUGCCUCUAUUUCCCCUUCCCUUCCUUUUCUCCCUCCUCCUCCUCCACCCGCUUACUCCAUCUUCUUUAACUGGGCUAUAUCGAGGAGCCCGUCCUGCGGGACACCGCCGAUGACGACGGGAGUGUCCGGAGUAUCGUCUGCGGAUGGAGGAACAACCUCGAUCACAUCCUUGGCGAACGCAUUCAAGAAGUUGGAGAUCUAGAUAUAUAUCGUAAGCAACCACCACAGGAAGAAAAGAAGAAAAAAAAGAUCA